ACAUUUAAAGAAAAUGAGAUAACAGAUAUCUUUAAACGAAUAUUUAAUAAUAACAAACAUGAUAAUAUCAAAUUGGAAUAUGAACAUGAAAUAGACACACGUUUAAAUGAGGAAUUUAAUGAUCUGUAUAAUUUGAGUUUACAAACUUUAACACUGUAUUGUGAUAGUCCUGAAUUUGAAAAAGAAAAAGGUUUUGGUUUUAAAAUAACACUUUGUAUCUGUAUAAAUAAUAGUGAUUAAUAUUGGUUCCUCUAUAUUUGAUGGUUAUCUGAAAUCUUUACAAACAUCAGGUAAUACCGACAAAUAUUACAAACAAAUGCAUACUAAUCAAGUUACCCGAUUUUUAACAUCCUUCUCUAUAUAUCGUAAUUUUUGCCGUCUAUUAACACCUAAUGAAGGCAUUACUGGGAAAGAUUUAAGUUUUCUAGAUGGUUAUCGUUCCAUACUUGCAUUUCUUAUAGUUUAUGAACACUCCUAUUAUUUACAGUUUCUUCAUUUGGAAAAUCCUCAAUAUUUUGAAAAUUUAUAUCAUCAAUAUUUUAUGAAAUUUAUGUUGCAUGGUAUGGUUAUUGUGGAGUUAUUUUUUGUUUUGAGUGGUUUAAUGCUUUAUGUAAAACUGGAAAAUGGUCAGUAUAUUAGAAGGGAUACGGAGAUAAAAGUUUGUUUUAAAAUUUAUGUUAAACUAUUGUUUUCAAGAUAUAUGAGAUAUUUACCGUCUUUGGCAUUUUUAAUUUUAAUUAAUAGCAAUAUUUUCCAGUAUCUACAAACUGCUCCCUUUAGCAGAUUUAUAAUGGAAACGAAUUAUUAUCUUUGUAGUGAAUAUUGGUGGAAAAGUUUAUUAAUGUUUAAUAAUUUCGGUAUUAGUGAUACAUGUUUAAAUCAUACUUGGUAUAUAGCGGCCGAUUUUCAAUUAUAUGCCUUUUAUCUGCUAGUGCUAAUCAUUGUUUCAAAAAGUUUUCGUUACUUUUAUCUCAUUAAUAUUGAAACUGGUUCUCAUCUGUAUUUGCCCUCUUAUACUAAUUUACAUGGUUUUCUGAUUGGGAUAUUAUGUGGUGAAUUGUAUAUGAAAUAUUUAAGAAAAAAGCCAAAAGCUAAAAAAUCAUUGGGGAAGAUAUUGAAAUAUUCGCCGUAUAUAGGAUGGCCCUGUAUAAUUGGUAUAUUUUAUGUGGGCACUGAGUUACUGUGGCAAAAGCCCUCUAUUUGGACUGCUCUUUAUGGUCUGUUGCAACGACAUGUCACAGUUACCAUAGUAGCAGUUACUACUAUAAUGUUAAUGCUGUCAAAACCAGGAUCCAUUUCCAAAUUGCUCUCAUCCUUACCCUUUCGUUUAUUAGCCCGAAUAUCGUAUCAAGUGUAUCUGUGGCAUUUUAUUAUUAUUUUAAUUAUCGCAAAUUUUUUCAGCCAGCCUAUUAAUGUAACGUAUUAUUUAAUGUUAAUCGUACUUGUGUUGGCGUAUAUAAGUGCGAAUUUUGUCGGUUUAAUUGCUGCUGUUGCUAUUGAAUAUCCUGUUACGGAA